UUGGCUCUUUAAGAGGCUCUCUGUGUCUCCAGCCGUUUCUCCCUUGCAGACAGAAACGCUGCUGCUUUUCACAGCCGGAUAUUAUCUGGGCUCCUUUCAGGCUCUGUUGUUGUAGGCUGGGUAUCCCAGCUUGAGGUUUAGAUCCCACACUUCUCAGGGGGAACCCCCACUUCUAGCUGCUGCAAUAUCCCUCCGGAACUUCAGCUGUCAAAGAUGGCCUAAUUUGGAUAUACAAAAUGUACAUUGAGUAAAUGCUUGCAGUGCUUAAAGUAGAAGAUAGGGGAACGGAGGGAGAAAGAGAGGGAGAGAACCAUUGACGUGCAAGAGAAAUAUUGAUUUGUUGACGCCCCCAACUGGGAACCUGGUCUGCAACCCAGGCAUAUGUCAUAACUGGGAAUUGAACCAGCAAACUUUCAGUUCGCAGGCUGGCACUCAACCCACUGAGCCACACCAGCCAGGGCAGAUUCACCUUUAAUCUCUGUACAAGGUCAACAGAACUGAGAUCAUAACCUUCUCUGAAAGCAGAAGUCAAAACAGUUAAAGCAAAUUCUAGAGAUGCAGUAGAGACCAGGGAAAAAAUGUGAAGCAUUUUCUUCUAAAUAAGGAGACCAGUGGAUAAAACGUGUUUCUAGGUUACGUGCUUCAAAUUUUUCAAAGGGCAAAAUGAAUAAGAGAGAGAUAAGUGUGUGUCAACAGACUUGGGCCUUAUUACACAAGAACUUUCUUAAAAAAUGGAGAAUGAAAAGAGAGUCCUUAAUGGAAUGGUUGUCCUCAUUGUUGCUACUACUCUCUCUGUACCUAUAUCCUAAUAGUCAUGAAGUUUAUGAUUUUUCUUCAUUUCCUACCAUGGACCUGGGACGGAUAGAUUCAUUUAACCUAUCUUCAUUUACUAUUGCAUACACACCUAUCACCCAUACAAGCCAACAGAUAAUGAAUAAAGUAGCCUCAUCCUCCUCUGUAAAUGGUAAAGAAGUCUUUGGAGUGUCUGAUGUAGAAAGUAUUGAAGAAUUCAUGAAAGAUUAUCCUGGGACAGUAGUAAGAGUCAUCUUUUCUAAUACAUUCUCAUAUCAUUUGAAAUUCAGUAUGGGACAUGGAACAUUAACAAAGAAGGAACACAGGGAUCAUACAGCUCCUUGUUAUGACACAUAUGACGAAGAUGUUUACUGUGCAAUUACCAGCUCCUGGAAGUACGGUGUUGUGACUCUUCAGGCGGUCAUAAAUGCUGCUAUUAUAGAAGUCACAACAAAUCACUCAGUGAUGGAGGAAUUGAUGUCAGUUACUGGAAAAAAUAUGAAGAUACAUCCCUUUGUUAGUCACAAUGGGAUACUGACUGAUUUCUUCAUUUUCUUCUGCAUUAUUUCCUUUUCCCCAUUCAUUUACUAUGCUUCUAUUAAUGUUACAAGAGAGAGGAAAAGGAUGAAGGGCUUGAUGACAAUGAUGGGUCUUCGAAAUGCAGCAUUCUGGCUCUCCUGGGGUUUGCUCUAUGCUGGUUACAUCUUCAUUACUAGCCUUCUCUUGGCGCUUAUUAUAAAAUCUGUCCAGUUUAUAAUUUGGACUGGCUUCAUGGUGGUCUUCAUCCACUUUUUCCUCUAUGGAUUGUCUUUGAUAGCUUUGGCUUUUCUAAUGAGCGUCUUGAUAAAGAAAUCUUUUCUCACUGGCCUGGUCGUGUUCCUUCUCACUGUCUUUUGGGGGAGUCUAGGAUUCACGGUAUUAUACAGACACCUUCCUACAUCCUUGGAGUGGCUGUUAGGCUGUCUUAGCCCUUUUGCCUUCAUGCUUGGAAUGGCCCAGCUUUUACGUGUGGACUAUGAUUUGAAUUCUAACGCACUUCCCGAUCCAUCGGACUACUUAAAUCAGAUAACAGCAACAAAUUUUAUGUUGGCUUUUGAUAUUGUCCUCUAUCUGGCACUGAUGAUUUAUUUUGAAAAAAUUUUGCCAAAUGAAUAUGGGCACCAAUAUUCGCCUUUGUUUUUCCUGAAGUCCUCAUACUGGUCACGACAACAUAAUGCUGAUCGAGUGGCUCUUGAAGAUGAAAUAGGUUCUGAUCCUUCAUCUAAUGACUCUUUUGAACCAGUAUCUCCAGAAUUCCAUGGGAAAGAAGCUAUCAGAAUCAGAAAUGUUACCAAAGAAUACAAAGGAAACUCUGAUAAAACAGAAGCCUUGAAAGAUCUGGCAUUCGAUAUAUAUGAAGGCCAAAUCACUGCAAUACUUGGUCACAGUGGAGCUGGAAAAUCGACACUGCUAAACAUCCUUAGUGGGUUAUCUGUUCCCACCAAAGGUUUAGUCACAAUGUAUAAUAAUAAACUUUCGGAAAUGGCUCACCUAGAAAAUAUCAGCAAGCUCACUGGAAUUUGCCCGCAAUUCAAUGUGCAAUUUGACUUCCUUACUGUGAGAGAAAAUCUCAGGCUCUUUGCUAAAAUAAAGGGAAUCCAGCCACAGAGAGUGGAACAAGAGAUACGAAGAGUUUUGCUGGAACUGGAAAUGAACAAUAUUCAGAAUGUCCUCACUCAAAACUUAAGUGGCGGACAGAAAAGAAAACUCACCAUUGGGAUUGCCAUUUUAGGAGACCCUCAGGUUUUGCUGUUAGAUGAACCAACUGCUGGAUUGGAUCCCUUUUCAAGGCAUCAAGUGUGGAACUUGCUGAAGGACCGGAAAAUGGACCACGUGAUUCUCUUCAGUACUCAGUUCAUGGAUGAGGCUGACAUCUUGGCUGAUAGGAAAGUGUUUCUUUCCAAAGGGAAGCUGAAGUGUGCAGGCUCAUCUCUGUUUCUGAAGAAGAAAUGGGGGAUUGGAUAUCACUUAAGUUUGCAGUUGAAUGAAACGUGUGUUCAAGGAAAAAUAACAUCCCUUAUUACACAGCACAUCCCUGAUGCCAAAUUAUCAGCAGAAAGUGAAGGAAAACUUGUCUAUACAUUGCCCUUGGAAAGAACAAAUAAAUUUCCAGAACUUUAUGAGACUCUUGAUCUCCGUUCUGACCUGGGAAUUGAGACUUACGGUGUUUCUAUGACAACUUUGAAUGAGGUGUUCCUGAAACUAGAAGGAAAAUCAACUGUUGACAAAUCAGAUAUUGACACUUUGGGAGAGGUACAAGCAGAAGGAGCUGGAGACACAGAAAGACUUGUUCAGACAGAACAAAUUCUGUCUUCACUUAGUGAGAUGAGAGAAACAGUAGGUGGCAUGGCUCUGUGGAGACAGCAAAUCCUCGCAAUUGCACGGGUCCGCUUAUUAAGGUUAAAGCAUGAAAGAAAAAGUCUUUUAACACUGCUAUUCAUUCUAGGAAUAGGAAUUAUCCCUCUUCUUUGGGAGUUCAUCAGCUUGAAAUUAGAUGUAAGCAGUUACACUUGGGAACUUUCUCCUCAUUUAUACUUCCUUGCUCCUGGACAACAACCACAUGAUCCUCUCACUCAAUUACUCAUCAUCAAUAAAACAGGGACAAACAUUGAUGACUUUAUACAUUCUGUGGAGCAUCAGAACAUAGCUUUGGAAGUGGAUGUAUCUGGAACUAGAAAUGGCAUAGAUGAUCCAUCUUAUAAUGGAGCCAUCAUAGUGUCUGGUCACGAAAAGAAUUACAGCUUUUCAUUAGCUUGCAAUGUCAAAAGACUGAAUUGCUUCCCAGUUCUUAUGCAUAUUGUUAGUAAUGGGCUACUUGGAAUGGUUCAGCCAUCAGCACACAUCCAAACUGACAGAACUACAUCUUUGGGGACACAGGAGCCGACGUUGAUAUUCCCGAUCCCCUCCCUGCUCUGGCUGUUUUUGUCCUCCUGCUGUGCUCCUUAUAUUGCCAUGGGCAGCGUUGAUGAUUAUAAGAACAAAGUUUGGUCCCAGCUACGGAUUUCUGGGCUCUUCCCUUCAGCUUACUGGCUUGGACAAGCAUUGGUUGAUGUUCCACUGUACUGGCUGCUAUUCCUUUUUAUGUAUUUAAUGGACCAAAUUUCAAGUCUCCAAAUAUAUCUGUUUACCAUUAUAUAUCAGAUUAUGCAAAUCCCAUGUGCUAUUGGUUAUGCUGCAUCCCUUAUCAUCUUCACAUACAUAAUUGCGUUCAUUUUUCGCAAAGGGAGAAAAAACUGUGGCAUUUGGUCUUUUUGCUUCUUUAUUACCAAUAUCUUCUAUACAGUUAUAACUGUGCUGAGUUUACUUGGACCUAAUACAAUAUAUGUUGCCGUCUUUUUAAUACCACAAAGCGCAAUACUUGGCUGUAUGUACUUAUAUUCACAUUUUGCUAUGUAUUCUGUAAUUCAUGGAGAAUCAAUAGGUGCAGAGCCCUUUCUCGUAUUCCUCAUUCCUCUGCUUCAUUUUCUCAUCUUACUUUUUAUUCUUCGAUGUCUGGAAUGGAAGUUUGGAAAGAAAUCAAGGAGAAAGGAUCCAUUCUUUCGAAUUUCUCAAAGAAGCAACAAUGUAUGCCAAAACCCAGAAGAUCCAGGAGGGGAGGAUGAAGAUGUUCAGAUGGAAAGAGUGAGAACAACAAAUGCCCUGAAUUCCACAAACUUCGAUGAGAAACCAGUCAUUAUUGCCAGCUGUCUACGCAAGGAGUACGUAGGGAAGAAGAAACGCUGCCUUUCUAAGAGGAAGAGGAAAAUCGCCACAAGAAAUAUCUCUUUCUGUGUUAGAAAAGGUGAGGUUUUAGGAUUACUAGGACACAAUGGAGCUGGUAAAAGUACAUCCAUUAAGAUGAUAACUGGAGACACAAAACCAACUGCUGGACAGGUGCUACUAAAAGGCAGCAGCGGAGACGAGGCCCCCAAGUUCCCGGGGUACUGUCCUCAGGAGAACGCGCUGUGGCCCAACCUGACCGUGAGGCAACACCUAGAGGUGUUCGCUGCGGUGAAAGGGCUCAGGAAAGCAGACGCCACUGUCGUCAUCACACGGUUGGUGGAUGCGCUCAAGCUGCAGGACCAGCAGAAGCAGCCCGUGAGGACCUUAUCCGAGGGGAUCAAGAGAAAGCUGUGCUUCGCGCUGAGCAUGCUGGGAAACCCGUCGGUGGUGCUGCUGGACGAGCCGACCACGGGCAUGGACCCCGAGGGGCAGCAGCAGAUGUGGCAGGCAAUCCGGGCUACCUCUAAAAACAUGGAGACAGGCGUUCUCCUGACUACCCAUUACAUGGCGGAGGCUGAGGCCGUGUGUGACCGCGUGGCCAUCAUGGUGUCUGGAAGGCUGAGAUGUAUCGGUUCCAUCCAGCAUCUGAAGAGCAAAUUUGGCAAAGAUUACCUGCUACAGAUGAAGGUGAAGACUCCCACGCAGGUGGAGCCCCUCCACAUGGAAAUUCUGAGGCUUUUCCCCCAGGCUGCUCGGCAGGAAAGGUACUCAUCUCUGAUGGUCUAUAAGCUGUUGGUGGAAGACGUGCGACCUUUAGCCCAAGCUUUCUUCAAAUUAGAAAAGGUUAAACAGAGCUUUGACCUGGAGGAGUACAGCCUCUCGCAGUCCACCCUGGAGCAGGUGUUCCUGGAGCUCUCCAAGGAGCAGGAGCUGGAGAAUUUUGAUGAGGAACUUCACCUUUCUAUGAAGCAGGAGCUCCUCCCAGAGGAAGAGCCUUGAAGCCCCAAAUACCCUGUGUCUCUCCUCAAGCCUGUGGUUGUUUUUUAAGACAUUUCUUUUUACAGCCUCAAUGUUUAUUUUUGGAACCUACAGGGUGAACACGGGCAGGGCUUUGGUGGGCUGGUGAGGGAGCGUGAGCGCCGGGCCAGGAGGGACGGAGGGCCCGGCUGGGCCCACCCCCGGGCACAGCCGCUGUGUAUCUGCAGGUCACCCUGCUCCCAUUUUUCUGUCUAAUGUGAAUAAAUAAAUUUACUUUCAUAAGAUAACUUCAGUUUCUGAAUAUGAUACAUAAAUUUUGUUUAAUUUUUUAUUGAAAGCAUAACCUAGACUGAGAAAUCCAUGUAUUUCCUCUUCAGCCUUACUUUGUAAAGGUGAUAUUUUAGUAAUAAUUUAAGUGACUGUGUGUCAAAAAGUGCCACACAUAUUGAAAUAAAUUUUAAGGUAUUUUUUAUGGCUAAAAAUAUUAAAACAUCAUCAGUCAUAGUAUCUGAUAUCAAUAUAUUUGAUAACAUAUCCACUGGCAACACUAUCAAUCAUAUAGACAUAGUCUGGAAGAUGAAAAACUGGCUAUGAGGAAUUUGUUAUACUUUUUUCUAUAAACCAACAAAAUCCUAUUUUCAUUGUAUUUAUUAUAUUUUUAAAUCUUCACUAAAGUUGCUUAUAUUGUAACUGAUCUUUUAUGGAUAUCUGCCACUUCAUCUCAGAAAGGUGAUAAUUAUCAUAACAGGUUAAAUGACCAAAUGGUAGAAAAGAUAAAAUAAAUCUCAUUCAUGUAGUUUUGAAUUCUUUUUUUAAAUUUCAUGUGUCUUUUGUUUCCCAACUCAUUGGCCUCCAAUAUACACGUUUAUUGUAAUUCAACUUAAAAUAGUUUCUAAUAUAAAAGCGAGUUCGCUGCUUUAAUCAUUGUGCUACCAAAAUCUACAGGAAGAAAACACCACA